GGAAUCCGAAUGGGGAGACAGUGAGUGGACGAAAAUAUCCGAGUGCAGCCGAACAGUGCCGAGUGACUUUGUACGUAAAUCGUGUCAGUGGGUAGAUAGCUUAAAGAAGACGUUUCUUUGCAUCUUUUAGAUUACAAAGGGAAUAUAAUACAUGGUCAUGAUUACCAUAUUGAUUAGAAGCGACAUUCCGGGAAAUGCAUGAUCGUAAUCACAGUGACUGUAGCACCGUCGAUUCAACCAGUGAUCCAAGCAAUUUCGAGGUUAAAAUGCAGUGAAAAACAAUGCUGUCAAGCUACGAAGCACGGGAUAACUUUUUGCUUACACUCAUACACACAACUGAUACGUUUGUUGAGUAAAACAAACGUAGAAGGGGCCGAAUAAGAAAUUGCGUAAGAAUAAAGGACACAGUGCGACAAUAGAGUCAGUUUCGAAAUAGAGCUGUGCCGGCAUCAGGUGGUCGACGUUAAUCAACCGGUCGGGACGUCCUGGUUACUGAGUCCAUCUCGACUUGAGCCAGUUGCUACGUUAAUGGCAGAUAACUGGCUAGAGAGACUGUCCCAUGCAAAUGAGCCACAAGUUAUUUUCUACGGUCAAACGGCCUUCCGGGACCGUCACCACCACUGUGACCAUCGUGGCCUUGACCUUGCCUAUCGUCACCAUGUCCACCGUGGUCACCUCCAUGUCUUCCACGAUUGUCUCCGCCGUCGGGUCCUGAACGCUGUUAUUGCUGCAAUUUUUUAUGUGAUAAAGCUGGUCCAUUCUGAAUGUGAAAAGAGCUGGAAAGAAGAGGAGAAUUUAAUAGAAGCAACCAAAAUUUACAAUGGUGCUGGUUGUAGCACCUAGGAUUGAUCAGCAUGAUUGCCAAAAUCUGGAUUGGAUCCAUUUUGAUUCGAUUGUUGGGAUUCAUCAGGAGGUCUUGAAUAGUAUCAUCCAUGAUACUAUAUUGAUGGAUAGUCGACUUCUUGCUAAUAGGACUUUUCAGCGAAUCAACCGAGAACAGGAUGUGGCAGGAAACGUGAUAGCGGAAGUGUCUAUAUCUUCCGAUUCGGAUAGCAGUACUGAUUCAAGAUCAUUUUCGCCACCUCCACGCAGACGAAGUUAUAGUGAUGGUUGUCGAACGAUGCGCGAUGAAGCUCUAGGAUUUUUAUGCUUUCCGCAUCAAGUGCUUCGUGAGGAGGGAUCGAAGAGGUCUGAUGUGUCUCCUUUUGCAACUGAAGUUGAUGAUGAAUGUCGACAUGAAAAUGAGGAUGGAGAUGAACAUGGAGGUGGGCAUGGAAAGAGAUGGGAUCGAGAUUUGCCGCCUCAUGAAAGUCAUGGUUUCUGGAGUCAUGGACCACCACGUGAUGAUCCACUGGAUCAUGGUCAAUCGCAUCAUGGUCCGCCACAUUAUGGACAUCCGUUUCAUCGUCCACCACAUCAUUAUCCACUAUAUCAUAGACCUCCGCAUCAUGGACCAUUUCAUCAUGCACCACCGCAUCAUGGUCCACCACAUCAUCAUCCACUAUAUCAUGGACCUCCGCAUCAUGGACCAUUUCAUCAUGCACCACCGCAUCAUGGACCAUUUCAUCAUGCAGCACUACAUCAUGGACCACCUCAUCAUGCAGCACCGCAUCAUGGACCAUUUCAUCAUGGACCACCUCAUCAUGCACCACCGCAUCAUGGACCAUUUCAUCAUGAACCACUACAUCAUGGACCACCUCAUCAUGCAGCACCGCAUCAUGGUCCAUCAUCUCAUGGACCAUCGCAUCGUGGCCCACUACAUCAUGGACCACCUCAUCAUGCACCACCGCAUCAUGGUCCAUCACCUCAUGGACCAUCGCAUCGUGGUCCACUACAUCAUGGACCACCUCAUCAUGCACCACCGCAUCAUGGUCCAUCACCUCAUGGACCAUCGCAUCGUGGUCCACUACAUCAUGGACCACCUCAUCAUGCACCACCGCAUCAUGGUCCAUCACCUCAUGGACCAUCGCAUCGUGGUCCACUACAUCAUGGACCACCUCAUCAUGCACCACCGCAUCAUGGUCCAUCACCUCAUGGACCAUCGCAUCGUGGUCCACUACAUCAUGGACCACCGUCGCCUCGAUCAUCUCGGCAUCACAAAUCCAAUCGUCAUGGAACCCCAUAUACCAGACCAACAGCCCCACAUUCACCACCUCACGAUGAACCUCCUCAACACGAACCUCUACAUCAUUACGUUUCUCAUUCUUCAAAUUCUCAUCAUAAUCCCCAACAUAACAUCCCAGCUCACCACCACCAUGAUCCUUCACCAUCCUCCUUACCUGCACGAACACCAACGCAGAACGCACAGCUACUACCAACAUUACACCGCAAACAACAACUCUAUCAGAAUCCACCCCAAUUAUCCCAAACAUCCCAGACGGCACCACAUGGCGAUUCUAACAAACAGGAUGAUCAGAGAUCAUCACAGUCCCAUCAGGCAGAAAAUGACAACGCGAGCACUUCAGCAUCGAACCCAGCUAGCGAAGGUCGCCGUAUUGAAGAAGUCCCCUGAAAAUUUCUAAAGGCAGGUUGCCCAGACCCAAACAGAAGUCCCACCUGGAAACAUCAAAUCAUCACACCGACACUUGCUGCAAGUCCAACCGCUCUGCAGCAUCACUGCUUACUCAUUUCCCAAUCACGUUCAUUUUGAUCCUGACGGCCUCCAGGAACAUAGAAUCCAGUGUCAAAAAUACCAGAAUACAUCUAAUCAACCAGCAGGACAUCGUAAUCAACGCUGCUUAUCAAUUGGCAUCACGGAAAACGUAAAACUGCAAAAAUCAAUCUUACCAACCUCGGAAUCAUCUCCGAAUAUUAUAUUGAACACUAGGAGUAAAAUAUUAAAAAUUACAUAAAUAAAAAAAAACUUCACUGGUGAUGGGCUUAUUAAAAUCUAUAAUGAAGCACAUAGCAUAUAAAACGCGUAUCUAUAUCU